CCCCCCCCCCACUCACGAAGAGAUAAUCACUACUAUAGGGGAGAUCUAGCUCAUUAGCCCAUUAGCUCAUUGAAAGCAUCGCUCACAUAUUUUACGACUUGUACACUUCCAAACUAUGGCAACCUCAACGACAACAGAAACUCCUGCCUCUGGAGAGUCAUUCAAGUCUCUCUUUGGGCAGCGACUGGAGCCCUAUUUAGCUCUUUCAAAGUCUGCCAAGGGCGUAGGCUGUGUCCAACUUAUUAAAGACGCGUUGGCUGCGCCAGGUGUGAUGGUCUUUGGCGAGCUUCUUGAUAUGCCAAACGUGGUAGAUCUAAAAGCGAAUCCAGAACAUUCCCGCUACUACAGAUUACUUGAGAUUUUCUCGUUCGGGACCUUUCAGGACUAUCAGCAGAAUAAGGAUAGCUUGCCAGAGAUCUCCGAUACCCAAAGGACAAAGUUACAACAGCUAUCAAUCGUUACAUUGUCCGAACGAACGAGAGCUAUUCCAUACAAGGAUCUCUUGGAGUACCUCGAGAUUGACAACGUCCGCCAGUUAGAAGACUUGAUCAUGGAUGCAAUUUAUCAGAAUGUGAUUAAUGCCAAUCUAGACCAGAAACUGAAGCUGGUUGAGGUUCACUCUGCUAUGGGCAGGGAUUUGCGUCCUGGUCAAGCCCAGGUUAUGCUCAAAGUGCUGGAAGAUUGGACAAAAACGUCCGAAGCUCUAUUAAAGGCAUUAAGUGCGAAGAUGACCCAAGUCCAGCAGAAUUAUGAGCGAGAGAAACAAGCCAGAGAAGCGUUUGAGAAAGAGCUAGAAAGAAUCAAAAACGAAAAUGCACCAUCAGGGUCUGGAAAGCACCGUAAGCUAGCUGGGGCUAGUACAGCAAUGAUGGAUUAUGAAAUGGGAGAUCAGCACGGCUUCCAGAGUCCCGAGUUUAUGGGCGAAAUAGAGCGAAUGUCGUAUGGUGGAGCUGCAGGCAAGCGGACUGGCAAACGUGUACCUCGGGGAUAAGUAGUGUUUUCAUGACCAUAUGUAUAUGAUGAGGGGAUACUGGAGUUUUUCUCUCUCGCCGAGGAAUAGGUCCUUGUUACAUCUUACGGAUUCAAAUAAACCUCA